AGCUUUUGCGAGAACUUGGUGUUUUUAUCUUCGCUGUGAUUUUCGCCCGCGCUGUUGUUACCGCUGUCAGCUGUCCACUUGCGCGCACUUUGGAAAGCGUUGACUGCGAAAGGAAGGGUCGUUGGCGUGAGCAAGCGAGGCGAGUCACUCUGAAUUGCCGCUGGCGCUGUGGAAAAAUCAAUUCAGGCGGGCUCAGGCACCUCACCUUUGGCGACCGGCAGCGAUAACAGGCCGGAAUCAUGGCUACGGGAACGUUCGACUCCUGGGAUGCGGCCGUCCUGAUUAGUAUCCUGGUGAUCUCGGCGCUAAUUGGCAUCUACUACCGCUACACGGGCGGCAAGCAGAAGACCACGCAGGAGUACCUGAUGGCCAACCAGAGCAUGACCACCUUCCCGGUAUCCUUCAGCCUGAUGGCCAGCUUCAUGUCCGCCAUCUCGCUGAUGGGAGUCUCCAACGAAUCAUACCAAUUCGGUACCAUGUUCUGUGUGAUAAACAUUGCCUAUUGGAUAAGCACACCGAUCGCGGCCUAUGUGUUUCUGCCAGUGUUCUACCGAAUGCGAACCACCAGUGUUUACGAGUACCUGGAACGGCGCUUUGGUCAGGCCACGCGUCUGUCCGCCUCUCUGGCCUUCGCCAUCCAAAUGGUGCUCUACAUGGGCAUUGCUCUGUAUGCACCGGCUCUGGCGCUGGAGGCCGUAACUGGAAUACCACGGACGGCAGCCAUUCUGGUCAUUGGGCUGGUGUGCACCUUCUACUCCACGUUGGGCGGCCUAAAGGCAGUCCUCAUCACGGAUGUAUUUCAAUCGUUCCUGAUGUUCGCAGCCAUCUAUGCCGUGAUUGCUGUGUCGGCGAUUAAGGCCGGAGGCUUUGCGGUCAUUUGGGAGGUGGCUGUGGAGCGUGGACGGGUUCAGUUCGACGACUUUUCGCUGGAUCCAACCGUGAGGCACACCUGGUGGUCACUCAUCAUUGGCGGCAUGGUCACCUAUCUGUCUCUGUAUGGCGUUAACCAGACGCAGAUUCAGCGACUUUUGAGUGUACGCAAUCUGAAGAGUGCUCAGUCGGCAUUGUGGUGGAACCUGCCCAUUCUGGGACUCUUGAGCUUCAGCACCAUCUUUAGCGGCCUGGCCAUUUUCUACUACUAUCGAGACUGUGAUCCCCUGCUGGAGGGGCGCAUCAAAUCUCGCGACCAGCUGAUGCCGCUGUUCGCUGUGGACACGAUGGGUCAAUACCCCGGCCUAUGCGGUCUGUUUGUAUCCGGUAUUUUCUCCGCCAGUCUGUCGACGAUUUCAUCGGCAGUCACCUCUCUAUCGGCCGUGACGCUAGAGGAUUAUCUGAAGCCAUUGUACAAGGCGAUAUUCAAGAGAACACUCAUUGACUCCCAGUCAACGCUGCCCACCAAAGUGAUGGCCUUCCUCUUUGGCCUGCUGUGCAUUGGACUGGCCUUUGGAGCUGGAUCUCUGGGCGGCGUCCUGCAGGCCUCGCUCACCAUCUUCGGAGUUGUGGGCGGACCGCUGCUGGCCCUCUUCAGCCUGGGUGUUUGCACGACGCGUACAAACCAGCGGGGCGCUCUGCUGGGCUUCCUGGUGUCCCUAAUUAUCUCCUUCUGGAUCGGUUUCGGUGGACCCAAGCCCAGUUCCGUUCCCCUGAGCUUCAGCAUGUCGGGCUGUGAAAAUGCCACAGCUCUGGCUGCCCAAGCCCUCCAGCUGAGUGCAAACAGCAGCCCGGUGGUCAUCGAACCGCACUACUUCUGGCUGUAUCGCCUCUCCUAUAUGUGGAGCUGUGUAAUCGGCUUUAUCGUUGCUGUAUUCGUCGGCUAUGUGGGCAGCAUAGUGCUGGCGCACUUUGGAUGGGCUGAGAACUCUGAAAUCUACUUGGACAAGUAUCAGAAUCAGCUGGACUACGACCUCUUCGCACCUAUUCUGUCGCGUCGCUGGCGGCGCCAGGCGGAGAGCAGACAACACCUAACAACAACUCAGGAUGAAGCACUGACCAAACUCACGCGGCAGUAGAAGUUCCUCGGAAUUAUAAAUCUAGAAUUAGUGUAUAUUUAUAUGAAGAGCAAAGAAUUUCCAGGAGACUUUCUGCUUUUUACGGAUGUCGUACCUAAAAAGUGCAUAACAAUGUGACCUUUUUGUAUACCUGUGUGAACGAAGCUGGCAUAUACAGUGGUCAGUUCGACCAAAACAGAGUCUUCCAUAUUUAUAAACGCAACGAUAAUUAUCACAUGUUCACAAGAAAAUCAUUAAACAUACCUCGUAGGCAUAGUUAAAUUGAA